AUGAAGGCGUCUUCACGUCUUCUUCCUCCUUGGGGGCAUCGUCUUGGAGCCGGCUACAACCUGAGACCGGUGGAUGGCGGCAUCUUCGCCGCAUGGAAGGGCGACAUCUUCGCCGCGUGGGAUGGCGGCAUCUUCGCCGCGUGGAAGGGCGACAUCUUCGCUGCGUGGUUUGCUGAGGCGGCCGUUUCAGGGGCGCCGAUUUCUCUGUUUGCGAGGGCGACUUUCCACACGCGGGCGGGCACGCGGCUGGGCGCGCCGGUUCCACCACCUCAUCUCCCGCACUCCCUCUGCCUCGUAUCUCGUCGCCUUCCUCCACACCCCGCAGGAGCAUUGCCAGCCGUCCGAUCGCGCCCAGUAUCAAAUGAAUCGAGGAAAACUAAUGAAGAGAAACUGAAAGUUGCUGAACAGGAACUUGAGAAGCAGAGUUUAGGAUGGUUAGCAGCACAACAAGAGUUAAAGGAACUUGCACAACUGGCAUUCAAAGAUACAGAUGAUAUCAAUGGUAUUAUCACUGACUUCAAACGUGUGAGGUCUCUGCUAGAUGCUGUACGCUCUGAAUUAAUCUCUUCAAAAGAUGCUUUCGCUUCCUCUCGCAGACAAAUAGAAGAUCAAGCGGUUCAGUUGCAGGAACAAGUACAGGAACUCGAGGACCAAAGGGUAUUACUGAUGUCUUACACCCAUGAUUUGGAGGCUGCUAAACUGGAGAUUCAAGGGAAGACACAGGAGCUCAGUUACGCACAGUCUCGUUGUCAUGAACUUGAAUCACAGUUACUUCAGGAAAGGGAGAAGGUCGAGUCUCUAGAAGCCGAAUUAGCCAAAGAAAAACAGAGCUUAGAACAUAGAACUGAAGAAGUAGGCUUUCUUCAGAAGGAGCUUGUUCAGAAAGAAAAUGAGUGCACCAAAUCACAAGAACUUGUUAAAGUAAAAGAGUUUGAGCUGUUAGAAGCCAGACAGGAAGUCCAAGACAUGAAGUUAAAGGUAGAGUCUAUUCAAUUGGCUGUUCAAGAAAAGGAUUCAGAGCUUUCUGAUACACAGAGCAGACUAACUGAAGUCAGCAGUGAAAUUGCUGAGCUUCAGCAGUUGCUAAAUAGCAAGAAGGAUCAACUGCUUCAGGCUAGAACUGAAUUACAUGAUAAAGAGCAACAUAUAGAAACACUGGAGAGUGAGUUGGAUAGCAUACGGCUCAGAUGCUCGCAAGCUGAAUCCAUGGUUCAAAGGAUGGCUGAUCUCACUGGCGAUCUUGCUAGUUCCGUAAAAGCCGGAGAAAUGGACAUCUAUGCAUUACUGGAUGAUGAAAUUUCAAGCACAGGUACAGCCCUCGAGUCCAAUUUGCAUAAGCAUAAUCAACUGGAGGCUGACAUAGAGAUGUUAAGAGAAUGCUUGCGGCAUAAGGACAUGGAGUUGAGAGCUGCUCAUGAAGCACUUGAUGCCAAAGAUCAAGAGCUGAAGGCAGUACUUAGAAAGUGGGAUGUGAAGGAGCGGGAAGUACGUGAGUUAGAAGAGUUACCGGAUCCCAGUGCCACAAAUGAACUUGCUGGUUUUUCCAGUGAGACAACAGAGGACGGCAUUGUAGGAGAGAUGGAGCUCCCAGAGCUUCAAAUUGAAGCUGUGGAGGUCGAAGCACUUGCUGCUACGACUGCAUUGAGGAAGCUUGCGGAUAUGACUAAGGAUUUCUUCAAACACGGCAAAGCUGAUUCUGGUAUUGACUUGGUUGCAUCAGAGAGUCAGAAAAUCAGUAAAUGUGAUCCUAAAAUGGAAGUACACAAGAAGACGGAUGUGAUUCUUGAAGCUGAAAAAGAAAUAGUUAGGCUCUUCUCAUUGACAAAACAGAUUGUCACUGAUGACAUAAUAAACGAUGUUGAGGAAUGAUAGCUUCAAACUGAA